AUAAGCGAAGAUGUCGCCACUGCGUUAAAUGUCAAUAUAUGGUUUGCUCCGAGUUGUCUCGUGGAUGGUCGUGGAUCAUCGUGAAUGUUCUGUCAGGGCCGUGCGUUUAAGUCAUGCCUUGUCUAACUUUCAUAAAGGGUACAUUUUUUUUUAAAUGAUUGGUUUAAAUCAUUUCUUUAAAUGAUCAAUGUUAAGCUUCGAGAAAGCCUAAAAGAAAGUAUUGCGAUGUAAUAUUUUGCAGAUGAGAUUAAACAUGAAUCUCAUUUGUUUGAAUAAAAUGGAGUUAGGUUGCCUGUACAAAAAUAAAUUAUUGUUCGAUCAAAUACAUAUGUUGCGUUCGUAUUGAAAGUAUUCAAUGGUAAAUAUAGAUGUAGAAAAAAGGCUACAUUUUCAACUUGCACAAAUUUUUUAUGAUGUCACUUGACAUUUUACAAGAAAAAAAUGCAACAAUAAACGCCAAGGGCAACAUGUCGGUAGGGUCACAGCCUACUACUAGGAGUGGGCUUAGAGUUUAUAAGAUAGUUGUCUUGGGUGAUGGUGGUGUUGGAAAAUCAGCUGUAACUUUGCAAUUUGUAAGUCAUAGUUUCCUCGAAUGUCAUGACCCUACUAUAGGUAAGAUGUCAUUUGACUUGUAUUAUAUGUUUUCCUACUUAAUGAGUAUUGUUGCUUUUAACAGAGGAUUCAUACCAACAACAAGCAGUAAUAGACGGAGAAGCAGCACUUUUGGAUAUUUUAGAUACUGCUGGACAGAAUUUACAGCAAUGCGUGAUCAGUAUAUGAGGUGCGGCGAAGGAUUCAUGAUAUGUUAUUCUGUAACAGAUAGACAUAGUUUUCAAGAAGCUUUAGAAUAUCGUAAAUCAAUAUCACGUGUACGGCCUAAUGAACAUAUUCCACUCGUAUUAGUUGGUAAUAAAUUUGAUUUGAAGCAUCAACGAGAGGUAUCUAUGGAAGAAGGUAAAGCGCUUGCAGAACAAUUAGGCUGUCCAUUUUAUGAAACAUCUGCUGCACUUCGACAGUUUAUAGACGAUUCUUUUUAUUCGUUAGUUCGACAGAUACGCUCAAAAGAAAGAUCACAUAAUUCGGUUCGUAAACAUAGUCGUUGGUGGCGUCUUCGUUCAAUUUUUGCUUUUAUAUACAGAAGGAAACGAAGACAUCAUCAUCAUCACUAUUUUCCAUAAUGAUGACCCAUUUUGAAGGAAUUUAGUAGAUAUUUAACAUUAGCUAGAGAUAUAGAAAGAGAAGCAAUUACUUUUGGGCUAAAUUACAACGAAGAGAAAAAUUGUCUUGAUUUUUAUAUUUUUAGAGUACUUUCCUAGAAAUUAAUUAUUUACUAACAUCACACUGCCUUAUCCUGAAACCUAAGUCAUAGGACAUUGUCAUUUUGAAACAAGAAAGCAUCUAUUGAGGUGGUAUGUUUCUAUAUUAGAUUUAUCUUACAUGGGUACAAACUUUGUAGCAUGCCCUAUAGAGUGAUAAAGUUUAACAUAGAAUUUAGCAAAAGAAGAAUUAACAACUUUAAACUCAAACUUUCAGGUAUUAUAGCAAUACAUUCUACAUGACAUUAUUUCGUACGUCUAACAAAUUAUUCUUAAAUAUUACUCAUCUCUAAGGCUGUUAAUAAAUAUACAAGCUCUUAUGGUUUAUAAAACAAUACCGCAAACGUAAAGAUCCAAAGAGAUAAAUAUUGAUAUAUCGCUAAACGAAGAAACCAAUUAAUGUUAUAUAUAUACGCAGAAACAUAAAACGUUAAAUGAAUAUUUUAUAGAAUAAAUAUUUAACGUAUCGUUUGACUUGUGAAAAAUUUUAAGCUAGUAAAAUUUCUAUAUAUCUUCCUUUCAAAAAAGCUUUAUAAGUGAGAAGGCAAUAUAAAUAUUGAUAAUAAUUUUGUAUACUAAAUUUAACAGAAGUUAUUUGAGGUAUUAUGUAACGAUCAGAAUUGUGUAUAAAAUUUGCAGUUCAAUAAUAUUUAUUUAGAUAUAAAAGUUGCACAAAAAUAAGGACUUUUGGAAGGGACAAUCAGGACAUAUUGACAUUAGAGUAUAUAUAACAUUUAGCAAUCCAAAGACCAUCAUAUGUAAAUAUGUAAUAGUUGUAGGCUAUUCUUUUAUUUUUUUAUUUAUUAGUUAGCUUGUGGUACAUGCGAAUAUUUUAAUCUGUCUUUAACAUUAAAGACAUUUUUAUACCCAAGUUAUCGCAUAAGAAAGAAGAAAAAGUUAAC